GGAAAGCGACGAAGACAUGAUUUUGUUAACGCGUACGUUUAAAGCACGUGGCUUAAAAAGAGACGAAGCAAUAGGUGCAUACUUAAAGGCUAUUUUUUUAUUAUUUUAUUCGUCGAGGUUUUGUUUUACGUAGCUGGCUAGCUGGUGUCACGGCAGUUUCUAUGGCAACUCAGAGUACACAGACUCAUGCACAGACUAAACACUGAACUAUAACUGAACUAACUAAACUACACAGCUCUCUCUGAAAGAGAAAGCAGAGUCAUCUCCCUCCGCGAGGUUUCUCUGAUCUGUCAAAGCACAGCGUAAUCCUGGAAGACCUUCGUGAUGUCUUCAGUAGGCAAGCUUGUAGAAAGUGUCACAGAAUCGUUAUUCCCUGGCGUUCUACAAAACCAAAAGAACAAGCCAAGCCUGCGGCCAUUUCGCUUUGACGACGAAAUACUGACCAAUCUUCCACUGCAAAUGCUAAUUUUCUUCAACUCUUGCUAUUCCCCACUUUGGGUCAUAGCUAGAGUUCUUGCACUAUACUUGAAAUACAGAUACCUCGAUGAAACUUACCAAGUCCUAUGCAGUGCCAUCCUCUUAAUGAUGACACUCGUUGAAGCACCAAGACUUUACCUCGGCCACCUCGGGAAUCUCACAGAGGAGAUGCCUGCGCUGGCCGGUUUUUGGCUGCUAACCACCAUCUUGCAGCUGCCACUGCUACUGUGGCUUGCAUGUGGUACACCACUAGCUCUUCCCAUUGAAAGAGCAAUUGACGUGCCACAAUUCGUUAUCUUGCCAGUCGAAGUAAUGCUGGGAUUCUUUGUGGUGAGGAAAAUCACGAGGCACCAGAGGAAGCAGUUCCUUGAACGCGUCAAGUCUAACACACACACAGAAUGAUGCAUGAUGCAAGAAAAUACGCUUAUCGGAUCCUCAAGAUUGCAUUUAUUUAUGCCUUUCCAGUCCAGUCGAUGUUUUAAGGAACAACUCUUACAAUGGCCAACCAACAUAGAAAAAUUUGUAUUGUGCACUUCACAUAUAAGGCACCUCACGAAGCAGUGUACAAUUUAUAAACAGCAUUGUAUAAGGAA